GGUGUUUGUAAAGUUUCAUUUUCCAUUCGCCUUCUCUUCUUUACUAACAUCUUCUCGCACCAAUAUUCCCCUUCUUGCCCAUUGGCGUCGGAUGGCUGUCCACCCUCCAGGACCCGGUCCUGACGACGGAAACUUCAACCUCGGGGCUUACCACCAACAACAAUACCGCGAAACUUUUCGAGCAGCACUUGCAGCCGGCAAAGUCAAGCCACUGCUCUUCCCAUGGUCAUUCAUCGGCUGCUUCUUUCUCCCGCUCUUUUACCUUAGCAUCCCUCACAAGCAGCGGCCAUGGCUGUACCGCAUGCGUUGGGCGGUUGCUGCAACCGUCGUCUAUCUCAACGUGAACCUGAUACGCACGACGUCUGCGGAUAACGAGGCCGUGGCAUACGCAACUGGACUUAUGGCUGUGUGGGGGACAAUCUGGUCUUUAAGAUGUCUCAUCUUCACCCGUGCGCAAUGGGACGCCGCAAGGGUUGAGAGGCGGCAGAGGAGACCACACGCGAAUGGCUUCAUAAGGGGCGAGGAGACACAGAAGUCGUCUGCCAUGGUCCCGCCCGACGAGAGCGUCGCGAUCGCCCUCCUCCACAGCGAGUACUACUGGCAGCCUUUUCCCACCACAGCCCCCUUCCUCACCCGCCUGGGCUGGACCGCCGGUCUGCUCAUCUCGUUCCGCGGCGGAGGCUGGAACUUUUCCAUCCCCUCCAUCCCGCACCCCCCGCUGCCCAAACACAUCAUCAGCCAUGACAAGCUCGUCCACGAACCCGUUCGGCUCGACCUCAUGCCCCUCACCACCCGCGCCGGCACCACCCGCUCACAAACCUACGCCUCCUUCCUCCGGUCCCGCCUCAAGCAAAUCAUCCUCUCCUACCUCUUGAUCGACAUCCUGACCACAACGAUGCGCCAAGACCCUUACUUCGUCCUCGGCCCAGCCUACGCCUUGCACCCUUCCUCCCCUUCCCUCCCGGGGGUAUACAACCACGCCGUUCCAGGCCAAAUAAUCCCCCUGGUCCGCAACAUCGCCGCUAUCGCGGGCAUCGUCGCCGUACUGCACCUCUACUACGCCCUGCUGCAGCUCGCAGCCGUCUUCAUCCUGCCCCGUCUGCUCGGCGCGCGCGCCGAGCUGUGGCAGCACCCGACGCUGUUUGGCGGCCUCUUCUGCCAGGGAACCGUGCUCGACCGCGGGCUGGCCGGGUUUUGGGGCGGGUUCUGGCAUCAGACGUUCCGGGCCGGGUUCGUCGCGCCGGCCGAGUAUCUCUUGUCGUUUGUCUUCUAUUAUCCGCCGUACCCACAGCGUCAUCAUCAGCAUGAGAAAAAACUCGUGCGCAGCCUGGUGAAGGUGGCCAUGGCAUUUGUCCUGAGCGGACUGCUCCACGCCGCGGGGAACUACACGUCCGUGACGCGAGAGACGGCCGCGGCGUGGCCGUCGGCAGUGUUCUUUCUGUUGCAGGGCAUUGGGGCGUUGGUGCAGAACGGGGCGUGCUUCGUUCUCCGAUCUAUCGUGAAGGAUAUGAACAGAAUCCCCCCGUGGAUACGCCGGGCCGGGAAUCUGGUGUUUGUGGUCUGCUGGCUGCAGAUGACCGGUUGGGCGCUGAUCGACGACAUGAGCCGGGGCGGGGUUUGGUUAUUUGAACCCGUACCCGUGUCGCCGCUGCGGAUGAUGGGACUCGGAGUGCCCGGAGAGAGGUGGUGGCGCUGGGAGGGGGAAACCUAUGGGUGGCGUUGGCAUUGGGGGAGCCAUUGGUGGGAGAGCGGGCUGAGGCUAUGAUGGUAGAUACCAAUUCGGUUCUGCACCAGAGGGCUGCGGGUUGGGUAUUAGGUAGAACGGCGGGUUGGCGUCGGAAUAGACAUGUGGGAAUAUAAUUGGAGUGAAGGUUACAAGACAUAUGUUGCGUACCCCAUGUAUCUUUAGAUCUUCAACCGGCCAAGAUUACAGAACAAUUGAAACCUAGACGUCUUGUCCU